GUAACGUUGGUCAGCUUGGUGCAACCAUAGUGCGCGAAUAGCAACGAAUAGUCUUUGUCCUAUUCUUACCGGAGUGGUUAGCAAAAAGAGAAACAUGAUUGCAAUUUCGUGGCUGCUUUUGAUCGUCGGCGUUUUGGAAUCUUUCGCCGUAGAAUGGAAUACAAAGGAUUAUAUGAAACGAGAACAUUCUCUGAUUAGGCCGUAUCAAGGUUCAGGUAUGACAAUACCUUAUUGGGAUUUCAUGGGAAGUACAAUGGUAACUAAUAAUUAUAUCAGGUUAACACCUGAUUUACAAAGUAAACAAGGUGCCUUAUGGAAUUCUAUACCAUGCCAUGUGCGGAAUUGGGAAUUGCAAAUUCAGUUUAAAGUGCAUGGAAAAGGAUCAGAGUUAUUUGGAGAUGGUUUUGCUAUUUGGUAUGCCAAAGAUAGAAUGCAAGCAGGUCCAGUGUUUGGAAGUCAAAACUAUUUCCAGGGAUUAGCAGUAAUACUUGACACAUAUAGCAAUCAUAAUGGCGCACAUAAUCAUAAACAUCCUUAUGUCUCAGCAAUGAUUAACAAUGGAACUUUGCAUUACGAUCAUGAUCGUGAUGGUACUCAUACGCAGCUCGCAGGGUGUGAAGUUAAAUUUAGAAAUUUAGAACAUGAUACACAUAUUGCUAUCAGAUAUGAAAGAGAUGUUUUAACAGUUUCCACGGAUCUUGCCAACAAAGCAGCAUGGACGCAAUGCUUGCAAGUGAACGAAGUUAAACUUCCAACAGGAUAUUAUAUUGGAAUUUCUGCAACCACGGGUGAUUUGUCUGACAAUCAUGAUAUAUUAUCAAUCCGAUUGUACGAGUUAGACUUGCCAGAUGAUCCUAAAGAAGACAGAUCUCAAAUAGUGCCAUCAGCAUCAUUCUAUGAUGCACCAAGAGAACGCGUGGAGGAUCAAAAAAAAUCUGGCAUGAGUGGCAUAUUGCUUUUCCUAGUCAUGCUGAUACUUGCACUCGCAAUAAUAGCGUGUGUUGUCAUUGGUAUUAUAUUUUAUCAGAAACAUCAAGAAAAUAGCAGAAAACGUUUUUACUAAGUCAGUUUUUAGUACAUAUGUUCUGAGCGUUGUAACUUACCGAUUUCUCCUUUACUUAUGAUCUUUCGUACGUAAGAUAUAAGACAUAAUGUGUUCAUAAGACUGUUCUUUUUUUGUUUCUCCAAAAAUUAGCAUAAAUUAACAUUUUUUUUAGAACGAAAGGUUUCAGGAUAAAGGAGAGAUAUAUGUAUAUACAUUGUAUUGUGUAUACGUUGUAUAUACACUAUCAAAGCAUGUAUGCAUAUAAAUUUAACCAAUGCCUUGAUUAAAUUUAUAUGUUUUGUAUUUGAUUUUAUUAUAUCCAGUAUAUAUUAAAAAUACAUAUUUACAGUUUUGUCAUCAAAAUUCUUAUUUCUUGAAAUGCCACAAGGAAAAUUUUGGAAUAAGUUUUUAUAUACUUGAUUAUAAAACAAAUACAUAGGUGAGAUAACGUAACUUAAAUGUAUCAUUACACGCAUGUGUAAUAUAUUGUUAAUUGGAUCUUAUAAAGGUCUUGGAAAAAUGUGUGUAUUAUAUACUUUAAUUUCAGGCCAAGCAUUCAAGAUCUUUGUGAUGAUGAUAUUUUUUUUCCAGAAUUUUUGUAUAGGUAGCUCAGUAUAAUAUUAAAUUAAUUAUAACAAGUCCAAUAAUUUUUAAUAUUUAAGAAUAUAUCACAAUAAUACAUCACAAACGAAAGGAAUAUUUGUGUAAAGAAAUAAUAUAUGUAUGUAUCAUAUUUAAUUCUUAUUUGUGUAGACUAUCUUACUUUGAGUGAUUAUUUUCAUAAUGAAAAGAUACCAGUGAAAAAGACUAUUAACAUAAAUUUUAUAUCUGUACAUAAAGAAAACUAUCAACUAUGAAACUCCCAUGUUGCGUAAAGUUUGUGUUGGAGACUGUUCUCAAGAGUGUAUAUGAGUCUGCAGUUUUAAACAAACUAUUGCCCAUACAAAUUACGCAAUAUUAAAAUAACAUCACAUAAGAAUAUAUGCAAUAUGGGAAAUUCUACUUCAAUAUAAAGUCAUUGCAUGAUAUAAUUCUGUAUCGUAAUUCUUUUAUAUGGAAAUUGAAAAGGGAACCAAACCGUUUAAUAAACAAAUGUCUUGUUAUCGA